AAUGAAUUCAAUUCUAAUGGAGGGGAAGGAGAGAUUCAGGUCUCUCUUCAGCAGGAACAGCCAGAAGAAAUUGUACUCUGAAGAUACUCUUAGUCAGGGAUCCCUGCCUGAUAACUCUGGGAUUUCAGGUUAUUAUAAAAGUUCAAGGGCUAACCAAGACAAUUGUUCGCAAAUCUAUCAGAAACAGGAAGACAGUAUCUGCCAAGAAAGCCAGAGAGCUUGCCAAACUAAUAGAAGGGAGACUGUCAAUUAUGAAUGUGAGAGUUCUAGCUCAGGAUCGAAAUAUUUAGACAGAGUCCCUAGUCAGUCUGAAUUCUACUGAGAAAGAACAGCUUUUGACUCUAGAAGCAAGGAUUUAGAGCCAAAUGUAUUUUCAAAGGAUUUGAAAGGAAAUAAGCUCCAGCUUAUUGAGAAGCUGGAUAUUGGACGCUGUAAUGAUGAAGAAAAUGAACCUAAUAUUGAUAAUGAACUUGAUGACAGUCUUAUUCAAGACCAAAUAAUGUCAAAUUUCAAAACCUGCAACCCUAAGGCAGAUAAUUUAUCAACCAAGGCUAAGGUGAAAUCAAGAAAUUUUAGAGGUAUUGAGAGAAAGUUUAGACUAAAGGGUCUCAAAACUUCUAAUACUUGCAAAGAGAAUAUUCCAAAUAAUUCAGAUAUUGGCAAUGCUUUCAAAAAUCAGGGCAAUAGUAGCUUUUCUAUGAAUCAAAAUCAUUUACAUCUACAUGUGAAUGUAACAAAUAGUGAUUUCAGAUGUUUUAACAAAUCCGGAAAGAGGUCUUCACUAUCUGACAUCGAUCGUGCUCCUCCUAGGAAUCUAAAUAGAUCUGCCCUUGGGAGUAAUCAAAUCAAGAGAAUAAGCAAAGAGAAUCUACUUGCGAAGAAAAACAAGCUUCAGUAUACUCCGCUUACGAUGAAUGGAAUCUUAAAGGAAAAUGCUCAAUAUAAAGCAUUUCAGGAAAGUGGACCAGAAGCCAAACAGAGAGAAUCUUACAACAUGAGUUUAUCUCAUUCCUCCAUAACACGUAAACCAAGUGAGCACUCUUCGAUUAACCCCAAUGCCUUUAACUCAGCCUGCGUGAUUCAAAAGAAUGCUGACAAUUCAAAAGUGAGUUCAAGAAUGAAAGAUUUAAGAUCAAUGUCCUCUAAAAAUCUGAAGAAUAAUGACCGAAAGAACCUUCGAAGAUCUAUGUCAUUUCUCCGAAGAUCUAUCUCUCCCUUCAAUGGUGUCCAGACUUACAAACAAGAUGCCAUAAAGUUAAUAUGAAGGAGAUUUGAACUAAAAAUUAAAGAAUACUUCUACCUCAUAAAGGAAGAAGCCAAUAGGAAGAAAGUCAAGAAGAAGCCUAGAAAGAUCUCUCAGUGCACUAGGCAGUCAAUAUCUUCACUAAAGAAGGCAAUUGGGUAUUGUAAAGACAUCGAAACGUCUUUUGAGAAAUUGAAUAAUAACUCUCCUAAUACCAAUAGAAUAAAGAAAAGUAAUGAACUGAGAAGGUCUAUUCAGGCCCUUGGUGCUCAUUGCAACUCUAUUAAUCAGCACAUCGCUCACUUAGAAGAGAGAGUUGGUGAAGGAGAGCAGAAGAGAUCGAAUGCGAACGGAUUUAUUAUUCAGCCUGACUUAGACAUUCAUAAGCAGAAAAUUAUUGGAAGAAGAAACUCAGGGGUUAUAAAAAAUCAGAAUUGAUAUGUAGAACUUUCAGCUCAGACGUUGGAUCAAAGGAAUGCCCAUCACUCAAUAAUGAAGAACUCCGGCUAUACCAGACAUGAAAGUAGUGAUUCUGACUAUUUCUCACCAAAAAUUUAUGAAAACUCCGGUUCAAACAUCCCUGCGACAACAAAGGCUAAGAAUAAAUGUCUACAGUCUACUCAGGAGGUGCCCAGGAUGAACUUAUUCACUGACAUUCUGAACAAAUUUAUUCAAAAUUAUAAAAAGAGGGAAAUGAAGAGCUUCAUGAUCAACCUGUACCACAGAGUCUAUCCUCAGCUAGACAACUAUGUGUCUCGAUAUGAGAUCUCGCAAGAGAAGUCUCCUAAAAAGCAAGAAAUUGUGAAUACAGAAGCUUAUGAGAGCACUAAGAGCACUGGAAGAUUCAAACUCAGAAAUGACUUAAAUGAAAUCUCCUCACCUAGAUACUCCCACAAGCAAGAAUCUUACUUUGAGACCAAGGAUAACUAUAGUAACAACGGUGAAGGUCACCAAGCUCAAGAGAUGCUUAAAUUUAAAGGACAGGACGACUCUUGUGGAGUAAUCCAAGAACAUGAAGUCGAGGGAAAUGAUUUUUCUAAUAUCAGCACUCUUGAACCUCCAAAUGCAAAUGAAUUCACUCAUCAUCUGGGAAAUGAGAAAUAUCAUACAACUCAGAAUAGAUAUGAUGCCGAUAUCAAUAUUAUUGAUUCUUUUUGAGAACCUGAGUUUACUCAGGAAGCAUCCAGACCUCCCUCAGAUUUCACCCUUCACCGAAGAUCUCCAUCACAUUCAAUGGCCCAGAUGAUAUGGAGAUUAAAGAAAAGAGCAGCUGGAGCUAUUUUUGAGAGAUACCGGUUUGAGAUGAAGCACGCUUUUGAUAAAUGGAGAACUUUCUGAGACCAAAAGGAGAUUGAAGAUCUUCGAAAGCAUAAACUUUCUCGGAUAAUCUUUUCUAAGCAUAAAUAUCCUCUCAGAGCAGCUAUGAAUAAGCUAAAAUUACACUGAAAGGACCAAAUAGUAACAGAGCAAGUUAAUAAAACUCUUGUAAAUCGCUGGAGGAAGCGGUAUGUAUUCAAAGUAUUCAAGAUCCUCCGUAACAGUCAUGCUAAGUCGGAGAGGACUCCUUCUAAGACCCAAUGAAUACCUAGGAAGAAGAUAAAGAAGGUUUCUAAAUAA